CGCCGCCUCCACCCAGUGCCCUGCAGCAGCCCCGGGCAGCGGCGACGGCGGCGGCGGCGGCGGCGGCAGCUAGGUCCUCUGGCCUCGACACACCCGCCGUGGCUCUCACUGAACCACACGGCCAACGCCACGUGCGCGAGUAGUGUUGAAAUCGCGUCUCCGCUUCCUCUGAAUCAUUUUUUGUAACUUUCCUUCGCUCCUUUUUUUUUUUUUUUUCCUAUCCUCUUAAAAAAAAAAAAAAAAAGUUGUGUCCAAAAGCUUCCACUGAUCGUCCACUCCCCACCCCCACCCCACCCACAACUCCAGUUUCCCUUCCCUUUCCUUCCUCCCAGACUUUUUCUUUUUCUUAAAAGGCACGGGUAAUUGUGCAUUUUAUCAGACCAUCGUUAUUAUCGUUAAAGUCCUCGCUUUAUUGCUCUGACCCGGGGCGGCCGUUGCCCCCUCUUCGAGCGUCGCCCGGCGGAUGGAGACGAGCCCCAUGUAGAAAUGACAGCCAUGGAAGGGGCGAGCGGGUCUAGUUUUGGAAUAGACACGAUUCUGUCCAGCGCCAACUCGGGCAGCCCGGGUGUGAUGAACGGAGAUUUUCGCCAGCACGUCGAUGGCCGGAGCACGGAUUUUCGGAGCCAGGCCACCCCGUCCCCCUGUUCCGAGAUUGAUACAGUAGGCACUGCGCCUUCGUCUCCCAUCUCCGUCACCCUGGAGCACUCGGAACCCCACCUGGUCCAGGACGGCAUCCAGCACCAUCACCACCUCCAUCACGGGCAGCCGCCGCCGCCGCCUCAACAGCCGCCGCCGCAGCCGACCCAAAGUUUGCAGCCUUCUCCUCCGCAGCCGCCGCCGCCGCCGCAGCCACCAUCGCAGCCCCAGCAGCAGCCUCAGCCCCCGCAGCUGGGCUCGGCCGCUUCGGCCCCCAGGACUUCCACGUCUUCUUUUUUAAUUAAAGACAUUCUGGGCGACAGCAAACCGCUGGCCGCUUGUGCACCGUACAGCACCAGCGUCUCCUCUCCCCAUCAUACCCCGAAACAAGAGGGGAACGCAGCCAACGAGAGCUUCAGGCCAAAACUCGAGCAAGAAGACAGCAAGACCAAACUCGACAAGCGCGAUGAUGUUCAGAACGACGUCAAAUGCCACGGAACAAAGGAAGAAGGCGACCGGGAGAUUACAAGUAGCCGGGAGAGUCCCCCAGUCAGGGCUAAGAAACCUCGGAAAGCGAGAACGGCCUUCUCAGAUCACCAGCUUAAUCAGCUGGAGCGGAGUUUCGAGCGGCAGAAGUAUUUGAGUGUGCAGGAUCGCAUGGACCUCGCCGCCGCUCUCAACCUCACUGACACCCAGGUUAAGACCUGGUAUCAGAACCGGAGGACGAAAUGGAAAAGGCAGACCGCCGUGGGCCUUGAAUUGCUGGCGGAGGCCGGGAAUUACUCUGCUCUUCAGAGGAUGUUUCCAUCCCCUUACUUCUACCAUCCGAGCCUGCUAGGCAGCAUGGACAGCACCACGGCCGCGGCCGCCGCCGCCGCCAUGUACAGCAGCAUGUACCGGACUCCUCCCGCUCCCCACCCGCAGCUCCAGCGGCCCCUUGUGCCCCGCGUUCUGAUCCACGGCCUAGGGCCGGGGGGCCAGCCGGCUCUCAACCCUUUGUCUAACCCGAUCCCGGGGACCCCUCACCCCCGGUGAAGAACGACCCUGCUGUCCCUGUCCGCCUAGCUCCCCCGGACCCUUCCCUUGUCCUUUCCUGCCCUCCCCAGCGCCGGGCAACUACCUGCCUUUCGCAGCGGACACAAAGAGGCGGAGGAAGAAGAAGAGGAAGCUAACAAGUGGGUGUGGGGGUGGGGGUUGUAAAAAGUUGAGCAGGGUCAGGGCGUCUGCCGCCCCCCCUUCUCUCCCCAUCCCCUCCUUCCCUCCCAGGCCGAAAGCUGGGGACGCUUCCCCUCAGAGCAAUGGGACUUUUGGAACAAGAUAACAAACCUGAACCCACGCAGGGUGUAACUUGUAAGUGGAAAUAAUGACUACAAAGGCAAAACUUCAAGUUCUUGGGGAAAAGGGGGGGUGGUAUGGGGUGGUUUGGAGAACCACGGAGGCCUAGAGACAGAAAGAGGAGAAGGCUGAGACCCACAGAGAGAGAGGCGCGGUGGCAAAGGAUCCCAGAGAACUUGGCGCCUGCCCCUAGAGAAAAGAAGAGGGUAAACUGAGAACUUUGCACUGUUUUCUCAUGACCUUUUUUCUUUUGGAAAAGUGGCAUGCUCCAAACUAUUAAAGAUGUACAUUGGAAAGACUGAGUGAUCAAUGAUAUAUCAUAUUUAUUAUAUGUUGUCCAAAAAGAUUCACUUAUAUACGUUAGUAAAUACAUGAUUUCCCCCUUUCUUUCCAUGUCUUUUGGGUUCCGUAAAAAAAAAAUAAAUGCUUAGAUGAAAAAAUAUAGAUUUUUUGUGAUUGAAGAUUUUAAAAAAUAAAGUUUAUCUUUUUUUUAAACAAGUGUUGAAAUCCAAGGAAGCUAAUUUUACUAAAGUGAGAUUACUGACAAUGAAAAAAA